UAGAAAUAUUCUCACUUCCUGUUUUGACUUUUUCAAUAAUGUUGGCAGGUUACAAUGCGGUUUUCCAAACUUUAUUGGGCACACUCUUCACAUGGGGCUUAACAGCUGCAGGGGCUGCUCUAGUGUUUGUAUUCCACAGCAGUCAGAGGAAAGUUCUGGAUGCUAGUCUGGGAUUUGCAGCUGGGGUAAUGACAGCUGCCUCUUACUGGUCUUUACUUAAUCCAGCGAUAGAAAUGGCCGAGCACUCAGGGUUUUAUGGAGAUAAAGGGCAGUGGGCAUUUGUCCCUGUUGCUAUUGGUUUUAUACUUGGGGCAGGAUUUGUGUAUGGAGCAGACAUCUUCAUGCCUUAUUUAGGAGUUGAUGAUGCAUCAAGUCUUAUGAUGUCACUUGAUUCCAGCAUGAAGGAAGAAAAAGAUGGUGAUAUACAGAUGGAAUCUUCCACCAAUAAUUUUUAUGAUAUAAAUAGGCAGCAGUCCUUCAGUCAGCCUCUCCGACGUAAACCAACACAGGAGCAGAUUAACAUGGACAGUUCAUACAUAUCUUCACCAGCUCCAUCUAAGUCCCAAGCCAUAAACUGGAAAAGGAUAUUACUACUUAUCAUAGCCAUUACUAUUCACAAUAUACCAGAAGGAUUAGCAGUUGGAGUUGGAUUUGGAGCAGUUGGUAAAUCUCCAGCUGCUACUUUUGAAAAUGCAAGGAACUUAGCUAUAGGAAUUGGUAUACAGAAUUUUCCAGAAGGUUUAGCAGUAAGCUUGCCACUCAGAGGAGCAGGAAUGUCUAUAUGGAAAAGUUUCUGGUUUGGUCAGUUGAGUGGUAUGGUAGAGCCAGUAGCUGGUCUACUGGGAGCUAUUGCAGUAGUAAUUGCCGAGCCUAUAUUGCCUUAUGCUUUAGCCUUUGCAGCAGGUGCUAUGAUUUACGUGGUUGUGGAUGACAUCGUUCCUGAAGCACAAACCUGUGGUAAUGGGAAGAUAUCCUCAUGGGGAGCAGUCAUUGGAUUUGUGGUAAUGAUGUCCCUGGAUGUUGGUUUAGGAUGACCUUAUUGUUAAUCUUACUGCCAAUUAGACAGACUAUGAAUAUAUAUUUUAAAAAAAUGUUUCUAAACUGAUGCUGUUAAAAUCAGAUAGAUAACAGUCAGUUUUUCCACUUAGUGACUGUAACUGAUAUAUGGGUGAUGGGCAUUGAGCAUUUUUUAUGUGUAAACCAGCAGACCUGAGGAAUGGAAGAGGUCUUAUUUAAGAGAAUGGAACCAUCUUUCAAACAUCCUUUAGGAUGUGAUGGAUGAGUGUCAUUUUCUGAAUUAGGCUAUGGGGUCUUUUUUGUCUAAUUCCCCCAAUGAUAAUAAAAAAAUUGUGUUUCACAAACAACAAUUUCAGGGAUAUGUAAAAAUGCCAAGCCUGUGGUUGAGCAUAAAUUGUUAGAAUAUCCAAUUGAGAAUGAUAAAAUACCAGAAUUGUAAAAUUUGUUACCAAUGAUAUUGUAUGGGUUAAUCAAUCAAUGUUAUGUUCAUGAAAAAUUUUAUUUUUAUCAGUAUGUAAAUUUUGUUGUUAAUAAAUAUUUUUUUUUU